CUGUCGGGACUCGUGUCCGUGUGACGCAAACGAGAGCUAGACCUCAGUUUGGCAUGUGUUUUCCCAUUUUUGAAGAAAAUCCAGAGUUUCCUUCAAAAGUGUGAGGUCUCAUUCCCGUUUCUCCAGUCCAUAACCAUCAACAAGUCUUAUACUUUCUUACUGUGUAGUUUUUGGGAAGUUUUUACGUAAACUUCCGCCGGAUUUUGGGAUUUGAAGUUCUCUUGUUGCUGAACGUGCUCCAUUCUUUCUUCGUAAAUCCAAGGAACUUAUCUGAUUACAUAAUUUUAUAUUCUCAAGACUUAAAAAAAUGUCACAGAAAACGCCAAUUAGUCUGAUGAACGAGCUUGCCAAAGCGAACAACCUAAACCCUGAAUACAAUGUAAUCGAAGAAACUGGGCCGGCGCACAAGAAAACAUUCAAAGUGCAGCUGAAACUUGGAGACAUUGGAAUAUGGGAAGGAAUGGCGAAUAAUAUCAAGCUGGCAAAACACAAAGCAGCCGAGAAGGGUCUUGAAAACUGUGGACUCUGUAUGCCUGAGAAAAAGGUGGUUAUUUCACGCCCUGUAAACUUGACACCGACCGUGGAACUUAACGGGCUUGCCAUGAAACUCGGAAAAACAACGCAAUACAGAGAACUACCCCCUAAACCUCUUUUGAAUGCCCAUACCGGCCAGUACACUAGUCCUAUGGGAUAUCAUAAUGGUUAUGGUCAAAUAGGGUAUUCCAUGCCCACACAGCAUCAUCAGUUUAAUAAUCAUUACAACAACCAUUUUAAUAUGUACCCUAGAGGACCACCUAGGAUUACAAGGGUCUCUUUAACUGUUGGGGAACAGGAGUUUAUCGGAGAGGGUAGAGACAAGCAGAAAGCUAGACACGACGCAGCACAGAAAGCAAUGAAGGUUUUGAGGGAGGAAUUACUUACGCAGAUGUCACAGUGUGGCAUUGAGGUGUCAGGAGACUUGAAUGAGACUGUAUCAAAUGGUGUUGAUGCUGGCGAUGAAGAAGACGAGUCCGAUAAGUCUGAAAUUAGCCAGGUUUACGAGAUAGCCACACGCAUGAAAAUGAUGGUUGACUUCCAAGAUAUGGAAAAUGCCGGCCCAGCACACAUGAAGAAAUUCAAAAUCAAAGCUACUGUGGGGCCAUACAUGACUGAAGGUGAAGGUAAUAGGAAGAAAGAUGCCAAGAAAGAGGCUGCAGUCAAGAUGUUAGCUGAAUUAAAAAAGCUUCCAGAGCCCCCUGUUGAUCCAGAGAAAAAAAAGAAGUACCAGCGGCAUGGGUUAUACAAUGCCAAGAAAGUUAAGCCCAAGAGUGAUAUUGAUCCUACACUGAACUCUAUAAGCAUCCUUGGUCAAAUACUGCAGCGUCGCCAUGACCCUGCCCCUGUGUACAGCUUGGUUGAGGAGCGAGGCCACAUGAUGAAGAAGGAGUUCACCCUGAGGGUGAAGGUAGGGAGCCAUGAGGCGCUUGGUGUUGGUCCCAAUAAGAAGACUGCCAAGAAGAAUGCAGCUGAGGCCAUGUUGCAGCUUAUGGGGUUUAGACCUACUGAGGGCGAGAAGGCGAGCCAUCAGCCUAAGGUACUCAAGGCUGAGGCUGCGGACAAAGUUGAUGCCACUGCAUGUAACAGCCCACCAACAAUCCUUGGAAGACAGCUCAAACCUGGUCUUCUACCUAUGGUACCAGAGAUAGCCAAACAGCUGGGCUGUGGUAAUGGUGUCAUUGCACCCAUCGCCCAAGAAAAAGAGCCUAUAUCAGCACUACCACCCCCUGUCCCCCCUCCUGAAGGGGCGCUGAAUAGGGCUCCAGGUGCGCCGAUCACUACAGACCCUCCAAACCCUGACCGUGCUAUUCCAGGGGUCACCACGCCUGGACCUGAUAAGGUGAUUGGGAAUAGCUUUGAGAGCUUGAUGAGUUUGGCUGAGAAGCAUGGCCUAGUGGUCAAGUUCACAGAUUACCCAAAGGAUAAUAAAGGAACUCCAGAGUUCCUCUCUGUGUGCAAUGUCUCGUGCGUGCCUCCAAUCACAUGCUAUGGGUCAGGAAAGACCAUAGAAGAAUCCAGAGAAGAGGCUUCUGCCAAUGCACUCAAUCCCUUGCUUGAACACAGGACAGAAAAGGUUGCUUUAAGUAAACCCAUGAGCAAUGGUAAAGAAGACCUGAACACGGAAACUACUGCUGAUGUAAAUAAAAAAUCAUGUGCAGAUGGCAGCGACAGCUUAAUUGGUACCACUGACCCAAACUCUCCCAAGCCAGCAUCAGAUAUAGAACUUGAAGGUGUGACUAGGGACUUCCAGGACAAACAUGCUAACUGUAAGAAAAGUAAAUCACAAGAUGGAAAUGAAAACACUAACAUAGAACUUGGAGGUGUUACUACUGACUUACGGAACAAAGAUAUCAACUGUUUGGAAAGUAAAUCACAAGAUGAAAAUGAAAACAUAGAUAUGACUACUGGCAAAUAAACAAAAAUAUUAAACAACAGACUCAUGGUCAAACAAAAUCUGACGAACAGAUGAAUGAUUCAAGCUGUCACACACAGGGGACCCAAAAAAAUAAUUGAUAAAUCAGAAUUAAACAACAACAAAGCAAAAAAAUUGCACAGUUUUGAAAUAUAUAUACUUCCUUUAAUUUUGGACUGCAAAUAACUUUAUGGUAACCUUCUGUGGUUUAGCCUAGAUAAUGGAGAUGGAUCUAUGAAUUUAAUAUGCUUGCAUGCCUAAGAUGUUAUUAACAUUUGAAACAAUUGUAGAUGUUUAUGGUUCUGUAAACUUCAUCUCCAUUAGAGUUAUUAUGUUAACCUCUUGGAAAUCAUUUCAUAGUCAUUUUCACAUGUUUUAAGACAUGCCUUUGAUAAAAGGACAAGGUGUAUUCUUGACCAUUUGAUUGCUCACAUUGCCCUUAAAUAUGCCACAUAAGUCAGAGAUUGAUAAUAUUAUGUUAUCUAAGCCUAGAUUCCAAUUAAUAAAUAGUCUUUUUAUUUGUAUCCAAACAGAUGCAACCAUGAACAUAUAUAAAGCCCAUCUGGCUCUUGACAUGUUUCAAGAAAUAUCUCCAUUCUAAGAAAUGUUUAAAAACAGUCAUAAAAAAAACUCAUUAUAACUACACCUUGAACCUACGUCAGCACAAAGACAUGUCCUAGAACUAAUUUUUGGCAAUUCUUGCACUACCUUCCAAGACAUUCCAAAGUGUGAGAGAAAGUCUUUGGUCUGUCUUGGACUUGUCCAAGAAAUGCCAACCUUCAUGUUUGUUUUGGUGCAGUUUUCUUGGAACAUAUUUCUCAGUUCAUCCUUUAUACCUGGAAUAUCAGUACAUCAAAACCAACAAGAAGGAACCAUUAUGUAAAAAAAAAAAGCUUUAUAUUAUAUAGGGGAUAUUGUGGUACUGUAUUUACCCAUGCUCUAUAUUAUUAAUUUAAUAGAAUACAAUAGUGCUCUGGCAGUGAUAUAUUGCAGUUACCUUAUGCUAUUAGAAGCUGAGGCUGACUCUGGUUGAAUAACCAGUGUAAUUACUGUAUUUUGCCUUUGUAUUAUUGGAUAAAUGCAAUACCUUGAAAUA